UCGAUGAGCCAAUGGCGCGGCGGGAGGGCGGCGAAGCGUGCCAAGAUGGAGGAGUACGCGCGUGAGCCCUGUCCCUGGAGGAUAGUAGAUGACUGUGGGGGUGCUUUCACAAUGGGAGCCAUAGGAGGUGGCAUCUUCCAAGCUAUCAAGGGGUUCAGAAAUUCCCCAGUGGGUGUAAACCACCGACUGCGGGGAAGCUUGACAGCUAUUAAAACAAGAGCUCCACAGUUGGGAGGUAGCUUUGCUGUCUGGGGAGGACUCUUCUCCAUGAUUGAUUGCAGUAUGGUAAGAAUGAGAGGUAAAGAAGAUCCGUGGAAUUCAAUCACAAGUGGAGCCCUAACUGGAGCCAUAUUAGCUGCGAGAAAUGGACCUGUUGCCAUGGUUGGAUCUGCUGCAAUGGGAGGAAUUCUCCUAGCUUUAAUUGAAGGAGCUGGUAUUCUGUUAACAAGAUUUGCAUCCACACAAUUUCCGAAUGGCCCUCAAUUUUCAGAUGACCCCUCCCAGUUGCAAUCCUCUCCAUUUGGCGACUACAGACAAUACCAGUGAUUAUCCUCAUUCUGCUAGUUUAUAUUGUUACGUGAGCUGUAAUUUAAAAUGCUGGAGGACCAAGAUGCGGUAUGUUGUAACACCAGUUGUAGUCUCUUAUACAAACUAUGCCAAGAGGACCUUCAGCACUUUCCAGUGUAAAGUUGCACAGGAGAACUUUUAGAAGAUGGUUGAUAUAUUUAUUCAUAAUAGAUUCCAUUGCUGUAAUGUUAAUACAUGUCUGAUAGAAUAUAUGGAGAUUUAACACAAGGACCAAA